AUGGGUGAACAUCUCGCCCUGCAUGUCGACAACCUUGCGAAGCCCAAGGCUAUGGAGUCACACUCGUCAGCGGAAGUCCCGGAAUCUUCUGAUCGCGCUAGAGCUAGCCAUGCGUCCAUGACCGCCUGGCCCUCGAUCUCUAAUAUCCAUUCUGCCGUUGGCGAGAAAAAUGUGGAGAUUGGCAUACCUGUAGAGGAAGAGCCGCUCAUUCAGGGUGUAGAGUGCCGAAUUUGCCAAGAAGAGGACAGCAUCAAAAACUUGGACACCCCUUGUGCCUGCAGUGGGAGCCUGAAGGUAUCAACUUGUGUUCUUUUUUUUACUGAAAUGUCGUUGGAUUAAUUGAUCUUUGAACUCUUGUUCUGUGUUAGUGUGUGUUUUUUUUUGCCUCUGCGAGGAAGCAUAGGCAUGGGCAUAAAAGCUCGUUAUUAAAAUUUCACAAUAUCAUGCUUCUCAGCUGCAUUUGAUGCUAAAUUUUACUAUAAAUUAGUGGGAUGAUUAAUUAAUAUUAGGGAUUCAUGUAUAUUUUCCCAUUUUUUAUGGUCACGUCGUUUAGCAUUGGUAAUUAAUGUUCUUAAUUUUCAUCCAGUAUGCUCAUAGAGCAUGUCUGCAGCGAUGGAUUAAUGAGAAAGGAGAUCUUACUUGUGAGAUUUGCCACGAGGUUAGCACAUUCUCUCUGGUGUUCUCAAUUUAUCAGUUUGAUAUCCGCUAUUUCAGAAAUUCAACCUUUACUGACUUUGUAUAAGAUGGGUAGAAAGUGUUAUGCCAUGAGUCUUCUGUUAUAUAGCAUUUUGACAUAAACAGUGUCAGAUCUUGGCAUACAAAAAUCAUAGUCUUUGAGAGUUCAUCUCUUCCAGAAAGCUGAUGGCUAAUGGCUGGUCCUUCUAUGAUUUGCAGCCAUAUAGGUCUGGGUAUGUUGCACCUCCACAAAUUAUCCCUGAUCAAACUGCCAUUGACAUCAGGUAAAUAUAGUGAUGCUUCUCCCUGUAUUCUCCAAUGUUUGAUUUCCUUGGUCUUGCAUUUUCUACAGAACCCACCAAACAGGUUAUCACACAUGGUGACGUCCUGACUGACUUUUCGUGAUGAUUGGUAGUGGUUGGGGUAUCUCUGGUACUCCUUUCGAUUUGCAUGAUCCGCGGCUGUUGGCAAUGGCAGCAGCGCAACGUCACUUCCUUGAAGCUGAAUUUGAUGAAUAUGCUGCUAGAAAUGCCAGCGGUGCAUCAUUUUGCCGUUCUGCUGCUCUUAUUGUAAGCCUAUCCACCAGAUCACUGGCCUUCUAAUUUUUUUAUUCUACAUUAUUAUUGUUUCAUUUUCUGAUUUAUUCUGGACGGUGUAUUGUCAUCCAUCAGGCAUCUUUAGGCGCGUGUACCAUGAUUUUAUGGAAAGGAAUAAUUUGAUUCUCUGUGUCCUCUCGUAUGUUUGCAGUUGAUGGCUCUCCUUUUACUGAGGCAUGCAUUGUCCAUCAACGAUACUGAAGGAGAAGAUGAUGCUUCCACGUUUUUCUUUGUACGUGCCACAAUACUAGUCAGUUACAUUUUUGUUCGUAAUUACCGUGGGGGGGGGGGGCAUAUAAUAUUUUUAUGAAAAACGUGCAUCUUCUGUCUAUCACCACUCGACCUCUGGAGGCUUUUGAUUGAAUGUUGCUUCUUGAUUUCACGAGCUUAAUUACUAACCAGUAAGGCAUGUUGUCUAAAAGUAAAAUCGUUAAGGUGGUUGAUGUCACGGAGCUUUUGGUCACUGAACUUUUGCCACAUCUCUGGAUUGUGAGAUGUGAAAAGGGUUCUUGUUAUGUUUCGGUCGUUACUUUACUUGUAUGAUAAUCUCAUUAUUUCAUUUUUUAUGUUCCACACAGCUAUUCUUGCUGAGGGCUGCUGGUUUUUUACUGCCUUGUUACAUAAUGGCAUGGGCAAUCAGCAUUUUACAACGUCUAAGAGAAAGACAGGUUGGUGUAUAGAGUUUCUGUCAACUUGCAAAAUAUAUAACCCUACGCAACUAUGAAAUACACGUGCCCUUUUUUUUUUCCUCUUGAUACGAUUAUUUAGCUUAACAAUCCAGAGAAUUUUGUUGAAUUGCUGGCAUAAUUCCAUGUCUAUUGUUAUUAUGUUUACCAAUUAAUUUAACAAAAUAUCAUUCCAAAGUAUUAUUGCCAUCUUUAAAAUGAGGCUGUUCUUGUGAUUUUAUUCCUUUUUGGAAACUCCCGCUUCUAAUUCUGUAAGAAUUAAUUUUUUGUUGCCGUUAGAAGACAAAAAUGAGCCUUGCUUGCUGCAAAAGUCCAAUCAAUUAUGACCCGGAACUCCAUAAACAGCUAGCAACGCAAUCCAUAGCUGUGAAUAGGUGUUGACUUUAGUGUCUCUAUCUUUGAAUGCUUCUUUCUGUGAGAUUAUUUUGUAUCAUAUCUCGAUCUUUAGAGACAGAUCUAACUCUAAUUCUGCCCGCACUAUCCUAUCCUGGAUUUCAUCUUCGUCUGCCUGAUAUGUCCUUCGAUAAUCUGAAUUUUUUUAUGACUUUUGUAUAGUUUGGCGCUGAAUCAGGCAGACUCAUUUGUCAUAACUCAAUUGAUAGAAUUGAACCCAAGCUCUCUGAAUAUUUUUCUGCCUCGACUGACCUAGUUAGAAAAUGGUCAAAGUUUGACUUUAGCCAUUAUAAUUCUUUCGGUGUCGUUAAUAUUCUGUUGUUUUUUCUUUUCUCCUUCCAAAGGAACUUGAUUUCUCUGCAAGAAAAAAAAUAAUACCAAACUUUGCCUGAAUGAGAAAAUUAAUCUCCAUGAUUAGAUAAAGUUGCAAGUUCCAUUCUAUGUCGCAAGUCAACUACAUGGAUGAUGAACUGUGCUGGUGAUUCACAUCCGUCUGCACCUCAUCCGAGCAGGAAGUGCCUGAGCUGGCCGCCGCCGCCUCCGAGGUGACGUUCAUUCUGCAGCCGGGUCAACCCCGGGGCCUGCAGUUCGCCAUCUCCCCAGACCCGCCGGCCAGCCCUCAGCGGGUGCCCCGCCUCUGA